GCUUCCAUGGGACAUGGCAUGAUUUUCUGACAGUACCUGAAAACGAGCAUGGUGGCUUCGUGGAGCUGAAGGACAAGAAGAAGAAGAAGCUUAUUGCAGGCCGCUAUGGCGUUGCGAUCGAGGAGGCGUGCAAAGCCGAGAAGCGGGGGCAGAAUGGUGCGGCGGGAGAAGUGAUUGACCUGCUUGCUGAGAAGUGCAAAUCACACCCCGUCGGCAUCGAGCACAUCGUGAAGGCUGCAGAGAAGACAGAGUCCAAGACGCACAAGGCCUUGGACAAGGGCAAGGAGCACAAGCUUCCGGUCUGGGAGGAGUCCGACUCCUCGUCGAGCUCCGACUGA